UCUUUCCCAGCAAAUGAAAGCCGCUCGCUUCGAUCCUUUUAAAUUCCUUCCGGGAGAGGUGCGCAGUCCGAAUGCCUGAAGCUUAAAUGGACUCGCUGGAGUCCACGCAGGAUAUCGGCGCACAAAGCGCAUUUGAAAGUGGGCACUUGGAGACCACCUUCAACCCCUGAUUGUGCGCCUGUGUGCGACAACCCCAGUGCAGAGGCCCGUUUUGCUUUUUAAAUGCAUGUAAUUGUCGUAUUGCACGCUGAAAUUGAUUCAACUGCUAAAAACAGCAACUGAAAGACACAUUCAUUCAGAAUUAGUGACUGGUCUGGUCCAUCACAUGUCAGAAAAUAUUUCUCAAUGUUGGUCACUGUUUGCAGGACGACAGAAACCCGAUAAUACUUUCGGUUGAGAGACUAAAAUUCUGAGGACUUUGACAAUUUUAACGUUAUGAAGGUUUCUAACUUGUUUCCUAGAUACCAGUUCGCGCUUGUUUGGCCCCAGCCUCGUCAGUCAUGACAGUUUCCCAUCGGCAAAAAGAACCCCGAAUGAAACAUGGGCUUUAGUCAUUGCGAGAUGAGAUGAAAUCACUGCAGGUAAUAUAAGAGAAGGAAGGGGCAGCCCAGCGCUGUCUGCUAUAAAUAUUCUCGCUACAGCACCUCCCAUCCCCAGGAAAGGUUUCAAGUUAAAUGCGAGGGGCUACGCUGAAAGUCGCAAUAUAUUGCCGUUGUUUCCGCUGAGUCUCUUGUUGCACUACAUCAUCAGCUGCUCUUGACUCGCGCUCGUUUUUUCUGGAUCGGGUUACAUUUUUGUUGCCGACUGAAUUUGACUGCCAUUUGCUACCUUCACUGCAUCCAGGAACAAAAACAACCCAGUGGAAAGCAUGGACAAUGCCGGCGAGAAAUGGAGACGCGACAAUUACGCUGCGAUGGGCGACCCGAGCUGGACGGCCGUCCCCCGAACCACCACCAUUCAUCUUCGCUGCAUUUACGACUCCAAACCGCAAGCCCCCAAGGUGCCGGUUCUGAUCCGCCCUCCGGGCCCGAGACCUCCGUCGCUAAAGCAGGACUCAAACGUCAGCGUGACCGCCGAUCCGCCGACCAAGACGAUCAUGAGGAGACGAGCUCGGUCUCUUCCGUCACCGGCGGAACGGAGGCGGGAGCUCAGGAGCCAGCAGGUUCGCUUUGUGGACUCCCUGGGCCUCGAUUUAGAGGAGGUGAAGGUGUUUAAAGUUCAAGAGCGACCCCUGAUACCCCAACAUGUCAUGUUCCGACUACUGAUGAGCUCCGAGAGGGCCUUCGGGAAAUCUCUGGAGCUGUCGCUGCCUCACUUUAAACCCUGCUUCCCGGAGAACUUGGGCGCUCAAGCCGACUUCCUGCCGCGUGUGCGCGCGCAGGCCGUGUGUCUGGAGCACAUCGUGUGCUCCGAGCUGGGCAUUGCGGGCACCAUACAAGUACUUAAUUUAGACUACGAGAAAAAGGUCACAGUGCACUACUCGUUUACCAACUGGAGAACAUCCACGGACACAGCGGCCUCCUGGGUCUCAAGUGGGGCAGAAGGGGAACGCGACGCUCCGGGGACCGACGUCUUCCGAUUCCGUCUGCCGGUGCCGCCUUUCAUUUUGCUGCCAGGAGCUUUACUGGAAUUCGCCAUCUGCUAUCAUGUCAAAGGCUCAAAUUAUUGGGACAACAACAAUGGCUGCAAUUACAAACUGACUUGUCAUAGUUACAAGGUGACUGUUCCAAGGGAAUGUGAGGACAGUAUGCUGCAUUUUACCUGAGCGACCACAGGAGGGAGCUAUUGCACAUGUAUGGAAACGCGGCUGUUGCCAGAGUUUCACAAUUCUGUGAUACAUUGACAUUGACUCAAAUACUCGACUACUACUGCCUUUUGACGAAAAAUCGAUCAUAUUAUUUAUCAUGCUGAAUCAUUCUGCUUGACUGCAAUGCUUAUCAGACACUGCCGUAAAUAAUUUAAUUCGGUGUAUUAGAAUGCAGAGUAAGAAAAGGAAGAAGUACAUGAGAACCAUCUCUGUACAGCUUUUCCAAUACGCCGAGGCAGAGCAUGAGAAGAAGUUAGCUUAGGGUGGACGUAUGAUAUGAUUUUUUGGCGCUGGAUAAAACUGCUGAGAAUCACCAUCCAUGCAGGGCAACACCUGUGAAUCAGGAAAUCCCCUUUGCACUCACAAGAGCAUCCCUUUGCGUCGUAGCCCUCCACAGGUUUCUGGCUAUUGCAGGUAGAAGACACCUCACCACCUGCCACAGUGGACACUCGAGCCAUUCAUGACUCCACAGAGCGAGCUGUUACUGUGACUGUACAGUAGAAAUUUAACCCGAGCGGCCAUCUGUCCCCUUCGAUUGCCAAGAGAACACUGUGAAUCACACAAGACGUGUGCUGAUGUCAAAAAUGAAGCAUAAACUGCACAGCCAAUUGAAAGUAGCUAACAGAGAUGUUGCCAUACGGGGGCUUUCACAGCAUGUGGUGCGAUUUGCUGUUGUUGGUGGUGAUGUUUUUUAAAACGCCAUCUACCAUUUGUCAGCGUGGAUCCUGAUUUAAUGGGCCAACUGGGGAAGAGGUGGCCCGUUACAUCAACGUACUAUUUUUGCUUUUUUCGUGGCCUACAAACACACAAUACAGUACAAAAUUAUUGUUCUGUACUUUUUUUGUAGCCUAAAAAAGCUUGAAACUGAAAAGUUUGAAAGUUGAUCCAAACAUACCUUGUUGGUGCUUGGGGAGAGGACAAUAGUGUGCAUCUCGGCCCCCGUUUGCCCUUUCUUUUUUUUUACUUCUGUUAGAUACCAUCGAGAAGGGCUUGACAAAAACCAAAAAUUUAAAAUAAUAAUAAUACAACUGUGAACUAGACCAAAAAUAGCAUGUUUG